AAAGGCCCAGCGCCCCUUUUCUGGGCCCCGCGGCGGCGACCGCUGAACCAACCGCCAGUGACGCCGGCGCGUGGCGCCUGCCGCCUGCCCACGGCCAUGGCCGAGUUCCCGGCCUUCCUCUCCGCUCAGGACGUGGGGUCCUUUGCAUAUCUUACAGUUAAGGACAGACUACCACAGAUCUUAACCAAGGCUAUUGAUACGUUGCAUCGACAUAAAAGUGAAUUCUUUGAAAAACACGGAAAGGAAGGGGUGGAAGCUGAGAAGAAAGCCAUCUCUCUUCUCUCCAAAUUACGGAAUGAGUUACAGACUGAUAAACCAAUCACCCGCUUGGCUGAUAAAUGGGUUGACACUGACAUAUGGAACCAUUACCUGGGACAUGAGCGGAGCCUGUUGAAUGGAAGCGACGAGGAGCCGCGCUGGUUCUUCUCGCCCUGGUUGUUUGUAGAGUGCUACAUGUAUCGGAGGAUUCAUGAGGCCAUCGUGCAGAGUCCACCGAUCCAGGACUUCGACGUAUUUAAAGAAAGCAAAGAUGAGAGCUUCUUUGAGUCCCAGGAGUCCAUUGAUACUCUGUGUAUGCACAUCCAGCAGCUGAGACCAGCCAGAGACUUCAGCGAGGAUGAGCUGAAGGAUACGCUUUUUAAACUUCUGCAGAUCUCCCUCUGGGGGAACAAGUGUGACUUGUCUCUGUCAGGUGGAGAAAGCAGUUCCGAGAAGACCGAUGUCAUUAAUUCUUUGGAAGGCCUAAUGCCAUUCAUCCUGAUAAACGAUACAGAGUCUCUUUGGGAAUUGCUCAGUACAUACAAGAAAGCAGCAAAAUCGUCCGUAGUUAGAGUAGACAUCGUUCUGGAUAAUUCUGGCUUUGAACUUGUCACAGAUCUAGUCCUCGCUGACUUCCUGUUAUCCUCUGAGUUAGCUACUGAGAUUCAUUUUCACGGGAAAACUAUCCCGUGGUUUGUUUCUGACGUAACCAUGCAUGACUUUAAUUGGAUCAUUGAACAUGUAAGGGGUAGCAAUCAGAAGUUCACGUCCACCUGCGGUGCUGAGUGGGAAAACCAUGUUAAGAUGGGUAGAUGGAUUUACCACGACCACAUAUUUUGGACUCUGCCUCACCCAUAUUGUGCAAUGCCCCAGGUCGCCCCUGACCUGUAUACUAAACUACAGAAGGCAUGCCUCAUUUUAUUCAAGGGAGAUUUGAAUUAUAGGAAGUUGAUGAGUGACAGGAAAUGGGAGUUUACCUUUCCAUUCCAUGAGGCGCUGUGUGGCUUCCACCCGGCACCUCUGUGUAGCAUAAGAACAUUGAAGUGUGAGCUUCAGGUUGGUCUACAACCUGGGCAGGCUGAGCAGCUCAUGGCUUUUGAUCCCCACUGGCUGACCACCGGCAAGUAUGGAGUAUUUCAGUUUGAUGGUCCACUUUGACUCUGCUCAGGAAUUCCUGGUUAAUCUCCUCUUGGCCCCAGAAAAAGUGCGUGGAUCUAGUCCUGGCUUCUCAUCAGCCUGGGAAGCCCCGUUUCUCAGCUCCCAUGAUUCCUCGGAACAGUUUCCCACUGCCACGCUUGGGAAGACAGGGUUGCACUCUGCUGGGAUUUCAAUCACUAUUUCAAGCUAAAUGCAUACUUUGAAGUGGUUUUAAUGAAUUCAUUUUUAAUUGCAAAGAAUACAAAACAAAAGUGAAUUCUGCUUUUUUAAGUUAGUUAAUCCUGGGUUUUGUUUUUUGUUUUUUUUUUUUCCCCCUCCUUCCUUAAACAGGAUGAUUAUUUAAUAUCCUAAGAAGCAAACAUUAUUUAACUUAGUUUUGGCUCUUGAACUAAUGGCCUAGUGAGCAUGUGUCCUGUAACGGCUCCACAGGGAGGCAUGUCUGUGAUGCUUGAGCACACAGAGACGGAAUUACCUCAGGCUCGCACUGCAGCUGCGCUCUUACAUGCAUGCGGCUAAGUCUUAAAUGCCCGUUCCCUUGCCUGAUGUUGUAUUUUGAUUGACCUGUGAUGGGGGUCAAAGCACAAACAAUACUAAAACAAGUGGUGUCUGUAGUACAAGUCCGGAAGCUUUCCCCUUCCCCGGGUUGAAGGCACCACCACACAGGUGUCCGGACAGCCACGGCUUGCAGUGGCUUCCGGUUUGCAGAAACAGGAGAGCGUGACGGCUGGAAAAGCUUGUUUUGCGUUGUUUCCGAUACCGCCAGUCUGAGCUCACUAUUUCAUUACGCUUCGUAUCGUUCCGCACCUCAGCCAGCACAGUCAGCAAAUUCAUGACACUUUGUUUUGAGAAAACACAAUGGAAACAAACCUGGAAACGCUUUUCUUGGU